AUGGAACUCUCGCAAGAAGAAUUAAGAAAAAAAUUCACUGAUUUAUCGCAAAACCCCUUUCAACAAACUAAGUUUUCCCGUAAUACUAAGAUACGGAAAAUUAUCAAGGAGUUUGCUAAUUUUUCUCAAGAAAAGUUAAGACUGGAAAAUAAAGCGGUAAAGAUUGCCGGAAGAAUAAUCAACAGGAUAAGAAGAUUUGGCGAGUUAACCUUUGCUGAUUUGGCUGACCAAAGCGGAGUUGUGCAAUUAAAAGUAGUUCGGAACAAGGAUUUCGCUAGAGUAAGCAGCGGAGACAUUAUUGGAAUAACCGGAAAGAUUUGCAAAACUGACCUUCAAGAAGAAAAAAAUAAGCAAGAAUUAAGUAUAGAAAUAGAAGAAUUUAUUGUCUUAGCCAAAUGCCAGCAAACUCUUCCUGAUACUGCUCAUUAUAAACUUAAAGAUACUGAGGAAAGGUUUCGUAAAAGAUACCUCGAUUUAUUAGUUAAUACUGAAAACAGAGAUAUUUUGAUUACCCGUCAUAAAAUAAUCCAAAGUAUUCGCCAGUUUUUAGACCAAAAAGAGUUUAUUGAAAUUGAAACUCCUAUUCUUGUCUCUGAAGCCUCCGGAGCCCAAGCUAAACCUUUUAUUACCCGCCAUAAUAAAUUACAUAGGGAUUUUCAUUUACGAAUUGCCACUGAAAUUCCUCUAAAAAAAUUACUAGUUGGAGGUUUUGAAAAAGUUUAUGAAAUUGGUCGAAUAUUCCGCAAUGAAGGUAUAGAUGCUCGACAUAAUCCAGAAUUUACCACUAUUGAAGUUUAUCAGGCUUACGAGAACUCCGAACAUAUGAUGAAUUUGACUGAGAAAUUAUUACAUUAUUUAGCCAAAGAAAUAUUAAAAAAAGAAGAGUUUGAGUUUAAUUCUCAUAAUAUUUCGUUGAAAGAAAAUUUUAGAAAAAUGUCGAUGAUAGCAGCAAUUAAAGAACAUAUCAACCUAGAUUUUUCCCAAGUAAAUAAUUUAGAACAAGCCUUAGAAUUAGCCAAAAAACAUAAUUUAAGGUUAGAAAAAUUUCAAAAAAGUAUCGGACAGGUUAUUUUGGCCUUUUUUGAAGAAUAUGUCGAAAAAAAAUUAGUUCAACCUACUUUUAUUUAUGACUAUCCGAUAGAAGUUUCUCCAUUAGCCAAAAAUAAAGCAGAAAAUAAAGAUAUUGCGGACAGAUUUGAAUUAUAUAUUGGUGGAUUAGAGUUUGCCAAUGGUUAUAGUGAGUUAAAUGACCCCAUUGAGCAAAAAAAAAGGUUUGAGGAACAAACUAAACAAAAAGAAUUAGGAAAUGAAGAAAUUGCUAGUUUUGAUAAGGAAUUUCUGGAAGCUUUAGAAUAUGGUAUGCCACCCGCUGGGGGAUUGGGGAUUGGCAUAGAUAGAUUAAUUAUGUUAUUUACUGAACAAAAUAGUAUUAAAGAAGUGAUUGCUUUUCCGCAGUUGAAAAGCAAAACAGAAGAAAAAUAA